CCAAAUCUUAAUUGUGCAGAUCCAGCCCACUCUAAUUGCCCUGUAACUUCGACAUUCGGAACACUCCAUAUAACAAAUGAACUCUAUUCUUCCCCGAUCGAUCUGCUUCAGUCGCCUCCACCAGAUCUCCUUUUAUUUUAUUUUUUCUGUUUGUUAUUUUUAAUUCCUAACCUUUUUAUUUUUUGUGUUAGUUUUCUGUUUGUUUUCUCAAAAAUCUCAUAUUUCCCCUUUGUUGUCGGGUUCUUCAUCUUCCGUCGCGUCAUACGCCGGUAGGAUCCAUCCCGUGGCUACUCACCGCACCUGCAUCUGCGAGACAUAUAAGUUUGGGAUUGCAAUUUACAAGGACAUCAAUGGUCAAUACCGGACGCACAGAAAUGACUGGUAGCUCUGGUACAACUGUCACGAUGAAUCAAGUUUCUGUUGCUGAGAAUGUUUCAGGUGAGGUUAGGAUUUCUCAGCCUGUGGUGGAAACACCUGUGGAUGGUCAGAUCGAAGAUAAUGUGAAAGUACCUGUCCAAGAGAUAGAGAAUAAAUGUCCCGAAGAAUUUCCGGGCAAAGAAGAAACAGAAAAACCGACAGAGGUAGAUAAUAAUGAUGAAAAUAUAUUUGUGUCAGAUAUGAAUAAUGAGAUUAAGGCGGAGUCGGAUCAAAAAAAUUCUGAAGAUGACGAAACUGAUGACCAAGAAGAUCUAAUGUGGGAUGAUGAGGACGAAUUUUCUGAAGAAGACAGUGAGGAAAAUUUUGGGGACGGGGUUGGAGCUAGUGCUGGAGAUUCAGGGAAAGAAGAAGAUGAUGAGGAAGAGGAUGAAGUUAGUGCAGACGAGGAAGAAGAAGAAGAAGAAGAAGAAGAAGAAGAAGGAGGAGGAGGAGGAGGAGAAGAAGAAGAAGAAGGAGGAGGAGGAGAAGAAGAAGUGGAAGAAGAAGAUGAGUAUGAAGUUGGUAGCUAUAAGGCACUGGAAGUUGCAGAAGGCGGUGAAAUGGAAGCUAAUGUUGAGGCAGAUAAAACGGAAGCUAAUGCCGAGGCUGAUAAAACUGAAGCUAAUGCAGAGGCAGAUAAAACGGAAGCUAAUGCCGAGGCAGAUAAAUCGGAAGCCAAAAAAAUUGGCAAUCGAAGGAAAGUUGAAUCAAAAGAUGAUAAGAGGAAAGCUAAAGCAAUAGAAGAUGAAACGAAAUCUACAGCUAAACGCAAGGAAAGGGAAGCUAAAGUUAGACAAAAUGGAAAAGAAGCUAAUGAUAAUAGGAGUGACAAACUGGCAGCAAAUUUGAAGGAUGGUAAGGAAUCAAACGGAAGAAGCAAAAAGAAGGUGCAAUCAGCGAUGUCCAAGAAAGUGGACCCUAAAGAUAAAGCAGAAUCUUCACAGAAGAGAAAGGUGAAGAAGAGAGUCGAGAGCAUGGGGAUGAUAUUUAUGUGCAGCUCCAAAACAAAGAAUGACUGCUACCGAUACAGGGUUCUUGGGCUGCCAGAAAGCAAGAAAGAUAUUGUAGAAAAGAUUUAUACCGGGAUGCGAUUGUUUUUAUAUGAUGUCGAUCAAAAGUUGCUGUAUGGAAUCUAUAAAGCUGCGGGACCUGGAGGCUACAACAUUGAACCCAAGGCCUUUAAAUCACAGUUUCCAGCUCAGGUCCGGUUUACUGUUCUGGACGAUUGCUCGCCGUUGCCAGAGGAGAUGUUCAAGAAAGUCAUCAAGGAUAACUACUUCACAAAGACCAAGUUUGAUUGCCAACUGAAGGCAGAGCAGGUAAAGAAGCUAUGCAAACUGUUUGCCAUUUCCAGCAAAGGCCAUCAUCUCUCACAGACGAAGCCAGGUGGGUCCCACCGCAGGCCCGAACCGAAAGCCCGUCCAUUGCCCAAGAAACGCAACAACCGAGCUGUCAGAUUGGGCGAGGAAUACCGUGAACGGGCCCACAAGCGCCCGAGGAAGGCCUUAGUCAGCAGCCCACUGCCUUCUUCGCGGGCCCCACACCCAUAUUAUCCCUACAGGAGGAACAGUCCUACCCAUAUCGAUACCUAUGCAUAUUCUUACAGGGACUCGGCUGUUGUGAUGCGAAGGCGGGACCCUUAUCUGGAGGGACGAGAUUCGUACUACAGAGAGAUGGAGGCUCGUGAUACAUACAGAUACCCUUCUUAUGGGUCAUCAUACAAUACAGAGCAGCGGGACCCGUACAGAUACACUUCUUAUGGUAGGGGCACAGGCACAAGAACAUACCCUCUGCUGCUAUCAGGCAGUCUUGAUAAUAUGUACUUGGAGGGGCGUGGGGACGUUUUUAGUUUCGACAGGCCGGAAAUCGGAGGCCGGGAUUUGUUCGUUUCGACCAGGCAACGACCGAUGUAUGGUGAUCCGGGAGAGUAUUCUUACCGGGAGUACCGUCUGCAGGGACGACUCGCCGUCGACCACCGGAGAACUCAACUCGGCCGGCAAGAAAGAAACGGCGCCAGGAUCAACGGGAGGGUGUCGGGUACGGCGGAGGUCUCUGACUUAGCACGGCUGGAGUCGGUCCACACCCUGGCGAAUAACGGUCGCGGCGAGCCGGUUGGCAAAUUUGGGUGCGGUUGGGAGGGCGGAAGUCGGCGAAUUUCCGUCGUCGGAGAUGGAGAAGUUGAAUGGCGCGGUGCAGGGCCGAAGAGAGUCGUCUGGGAGGGUAGACGCCGACGCAUAUCCGCCGGCGACACUGACGGUGAUGCCAGACGGCAGCGAGAGAAACUUCAAAGAGUGAACAGUAGACUUGUGUGUAAUUUUUGA